AUGUCUUCUAUUCAAACAGCACACAAGAAAUUAUUGGAGGAAUGGUCCAAGAGCAAGAAGAACAUUGCCGGCGUUGAAAGCGUUCUUUCGCAAAUCAAGGAGCUUCUUUCCGAUGGAGCUACUGUCUCUUCUUUAGAUGACAAAGCUAUCACUACUAUUCAAUGUGAUGUAUACGAAAUCUCCGCUCUCCUUCCCAUCGUCAAAGAAGAUAUUGAAACCUUCAAGGUAGCUAUUGCCCAGGUUCUUUCUUUCUACGCUAUGAAUCCUGAAGCUAGUACCAAUAAAUACUUGAUGAUCGGACUCAAUUUAAUGUCCUUACUUGCUAUGGGUAACAGACUUUCUGAUUUCCACAUGCUUCUUGAACAAAUUCCUCAAAAUAUUCAAACUUCUGAUCCAUACAUCUUGGCUCCUGUACGCUUGGAACAGGCCAUGAUGGAGGGAGCUUACAAUAAAGUUGUGUUGACUGAAAAGAAUUUCCCUAGCCCAUACUAUGAGAUGUUCUUCAGAAUGAUGAUGGAUGCCGUGAGAAUAAACAUCGCUACUUCUAUUGAAAAAUCAUUCAGAAGUCUUAACGUUUCUGACGCAACUACUCGUUUAUUAUUCGACAAUGAACAACAAACAAAAGCUUUUGCGGAAUCGCGCUCUUGGGUAGUAGAAGGAGGCAGUUUCGUCUUUAACUUCGAAGCUCCUGUACAUGAACACGAGUUGGAUACAUCUUGCAUUACUAAGCAAUUGAUCUUCUACGCCAAGCAACUUGAAAUGAUCGUCUAA